AUGCGGUUGCUCGGGGCCGCCGCACUGCAUGGGAAGGUAAACCCCCACACACCCACGCCGCGGGAUCAGUUAUACUGCGAGCAGAAGCUUGGGUCGGGUGGGGGGUGGAAGCAGAGGAUCUCGCUCGGCGGACCACCGGAUUCUUCGGCCGCAAACGGACGAAAAGUGAAGGGGGCAAAGCCACACAGAAAAGGUAGAGGGAGGGAAAAAAAACCACACCCGAGAAAAAAACAAUCCCCAGACAGGGGGGCCCAAAACAGGAAAAUGCAGAAAAGUCAUAAGAGAAAAUACAUCCCUACAGCAAAAAAGUAGGGACAGAAAAAUACAAUCUAAAUAAAUAAAUCAUAAUGGCAGUAGGAAGGUAAACACAUUCUAAACAAAUAAAUCCCUGCAGCCAUAAGAAGGUAGAUGCAGAAAAACAGAGUAAAUAAAUCAAUCAAUCACUAGAGCACUAAGCAGGUAGGUGAAGAAAAUACAGUAUAGCUAAAUAAAUCAAUCAAUCACUAGAGCACUAAGAAGGUAGAUGCAAAAAUACCCUCUAAACAAAUAAAUCAAUACAGUAAUAAACAAAUAAAUACAGUAAAAUAUCCACAACCACCCAUAUAUAACAGGAGGCAGUGGUACUCUGACCUGUACUGACUGCGGAGCAGCAAAGAAAGAGGAAAUAGUUAGUUGGGAGAAGCCUUUUAUAGAUUCCUGAUUUUUUUUUUGUCUCUGGUGUUUUUCUCUCUGUGUUAAUGUGCUGCUGUGGAGUUCUAGUAAAGUGAGACUUAAGCAAAUAUGAAGCCUCCUGUCAUGUUAUAAAAUUUGUGUCAUUCUAGCGUUACUCUAAAAGUUUAUUACUUUGCUGUCUUUUUAUGCAAUCCAAUGAUGUUUUUGCAUUUUCCAUUUCUCUUCUUUUAGAAUUUAACUAUACUACAAGGUAUUUAAAUGUAAUAAUUUAAAGUAAUACUGAGAUGUUGUACAGUUUAAAGCAAUACUAUAGGAUCAGGAACACAAACAGGUAUUCUUGACCCUAUAGUGUUAAAACCACCAUUUAGGUGGCGUACCUUAUUUCCAGUGCUGCAUGGGUCUGCCGGUGUUGGCCUCACCCCAGAUCGCCUCCUUGCUGACAUCAUCAGAAUUUAGGAUUUCAGCCAAUCUAAAGCUUUCCCAUAGGGAAAGCAAUGGAUUGCCUGAAAUCGGCAAGGAGGUGGAAUGGGGGUGGGCCCAAACAGCGUCUUGGCCAAUUAGCACAUCCUCAUAGAGAUGCAUUGAAAAAUUCAGCAUCUCAACGCAGAGCACACCACCAAGAAGCACCUCCAGUGGCCAUGUGAGUAUCCUUCCUCACACACACAGUUUCUGUUGCAAAAAAACAGUAACUCAAUCUAUUGCUACUGAUAAGUGUGUGGUAGAAAAAGCAUGUGCUUUUAAUGAAUAUGUCAUGAAUAAACCUGCAGUUUCCAUUCACCCCUUUAUUGAUGACUAGCGAUCCAGCUGGUUUUGAACAGGGCAGGGCAUCUAAAGAUGUUCAAUGGGCAGAGCCCUAUAAGAAGGUUUUGAUUUUGCCUGUUUGGAGGUUUUAGAAGAGUGUUUCCAGACCCAUGCUGUUUUAGUGAAUGUUAGAACAGGCAACUUAUUUCAUGCCACAGGCAAUGGUCUAUAAUACACUGGCUACUGUAGCAGCAAUGCCUUCCUAAAAGAAAAGGACACUUUAGUAAUGUGAAGAUUCUAAUGAAGGUAUUUUGAAAAAGUCAUUUUGCUAUAUUCAUAUAGUAUAUUAGCUCAAAAACGAGUAACUAAAGUAAUUUAAAAAUUUGCAAAAUGCGUUGCCAAGUCAAUGCUGCAUACAAAAUUUGGGUCCUUGGUGAGGUGAUUUACAGUUUUAGCACUUUUUUGUCUUGUUUUUGUAGUUAGAAAAUAAACUACUUGAUACUUUUCAACUAGGUGUUUCAUUGUUUGGAGAGCAGUGGUAAAUCUUAUCUGUCAUUUUUAAAAAUGUUAUUUUCCUGAAUUUGCAAUAAUAUAUCAUUCAACUAGUGCUGAAAUUCAUUACAUUAAAGGCAUAGCUGCACACGAAUAUAUAACUCCCUUUUCCUUAGAUUAAUUUUUAUGUGCUGUGGGAACUGUGCUAAUUAGAGUUUACACUAUAAAACUUGUGUGACCAAUCAGAAAGGGAGUUCAGAUACAGAGUUUGGUAUGAUAAACAGUUUGAUUACUGCAAUGUUACAUCUGACGUGUCAAGUUUAUCAUUAAGCACCGUCCCACAGUCCCAGCGGCUAAUGCGUUAAUAAGAGAAGUAUCUCAGAGAUAAAAAAAAAAAUCCUGUACAUUUAGGUCACCAAUAACAUCAACAGUGAGUGGUAAUUUAUAAUUUCACAUUGAGUGGAGAUUAGAGAAAAAGAAGGGCAGGAAACCAUCAGAUUACCUAAUUACAUUUGAAUUGUUCUCUUUUAUUUGCUGUCCACAGGGAUCAUUAGUCAGACCCUCCAGUGAGAAUGAGAUCCAAGAGAAAGUGGUAAAAAUAAAAAUUAAUAAAAAUGAAUUUUAAAAAAUUCAUUGCAACAGCUGUUUUAACUCUCUCCUUUCUAGAACCAGGUUUAAAUGCGUAUGUUUAUCGGGUUAUAAUUUCCGUCAUCUACUGUGAGAGAGAGAUGGCAAUAAUCCCUCCAUGUAGUUUACUUAUGAUCAGUUAGCACUGAAGCCGUUAAAUAAUGAUAUUUGAAAAGUUUAUUUGUUUGUUUGGUUGAUGUAAGAACUUCAUUUUUGGAGUGCUGGAACACUCACAAUUAUGCUUAGCAGCAACACUGGUCAGAGGUGUGAUUCCUUGUUUCCUCCCAUGCUUCUCUGACAUCAGUGAUUUUGCAUGCAUACAUAUGAUGUCAUACUAAGUUGUUGUGAAUCUCUGCUGUUGGUGGAUAACCAAUUAAGCCGAUACUGAGAGAUCUGUUCAGUCAGAGGCACAGAUCAUACUUCUCUCACAUCCUGUAUUACAAGAGAAUGACUAUCUUCUAGAAAACGUUUGCAGUAACUUCCACACAACCAAGCCCUCUAAAUCUACAAGAAUCUAAAUUAUUCAACCUACCCCAUUAUUUAUCACCUCCAUGUUUUACCGAAAUGGCUAUUCACUAAAGGGACAAUUCAAAGUGAAUUCAAAGUGAAAUGUUAGACCAAAGAAGCUGACUUGAAAGCAUACCCGACCCAGACAUAUUUCUCCAAUGCAGCUAUUUUGACCUUAGUUGUGAAAUUUACUUUGAAUUCUCACUUCAGUGCAUAACAUGUCAAUUGUAUUCAGAUUCAUGGUAGCAUUGUCAGAUAGUCACUGGAAGUCAGUCACCAUCACCAACUGCAUCAUAUGAAAAAAAAGAGAAAAUAUAAAGGAAAACAUUGUUGAUUACUCAAAAACACUUAAAAUAAGACUUUCCACAAUUCGGAUGCUUCCACUCUGCAAUUUUAGAAUUCAGAAAGUUCAUAGUGAUUUCUUGUACCAGCUGAAUUUUUAAUAAAACAAAACUCUACUGUAAUUUUAAAAUCGAUACAACAGUGUAGAAUUAUUUACAAAGGAAAUAAAAUUGGGACAUUGUAUAUCCUGACAGACUAUGUAGCGUUUAAACAUGAUUGACCUCAGGGCGACUCAUCAGGGUCCCUUGGUCACGACAGUGGCUUGUUAACCAGGUUACAAGGCAAUCUUUCAUCUCAGCAGUAGCCAGCUCACUGUUCCUAGCCCUUCUCUGCUUUCAACUCACGUAAUCAAUUUCCUUAAUUAGUUUUUAAUCAGAAAAAGAUUACCAGGUACCUGCAAGUUUGAGUCACGUAGGUGCUUCAUUAUGAUGCAAGUGAGAUUUUUUUAUGUAAUAAGACAGUCGUUCUCGUUGUGAACAGAGAACACAUAAAUAAGUCCAUUCAUCAAGUUGGGGAAACAUCGGAGAGAGGAUGUAACAAGGUAUCUAGUUACGUGUAACAAUUUUACACUCAGAAGAUGAGCCUCUUAAAUUUCGAUACUGUGGGUUUUUCAGUUAAUAUGUGAAAACAAAAAAAAUAUUGAUUUCCAUAAAAUAUUAAGAACUUCAUAUAUUCACAUUUACCAAUCAUUUUUCUGAAUUAAAUGUGGGGCUAAAAGGACACACUAAGCAUUAAAACAAUAUCUUAAUUAACUCGCUUUGGUGGAGAGAACAUGCAGUCAGACUUCUCAUUUUUGUCCAUUUUGGUGUUUUUUGACUCACACAGCCUCCUUACACACUUCCUGGAAAAAAGCUCAAAUGUUUUAAUUUCCCUUAUUGCAUAAUGUGUUUAUCUCUUGAUUUGCUAAUCGCAUGCUAGAGUUUGCAGCAGCCUCCUGUGUGUGAUUAAAGUUUACUUAGAGGAAAUCUAUAGUGGUAGGAAUGCAAAGUUGUAUUUCUAACACUAGAGUUCCCUCUCGCCUCCCUCUCCAUUGCGCCCCACCCCUUUGUAGUACAUAAAGGGUUAAAAAUAACUUAUUUACUAAUCCGAUUCCAGCGUCGAUCUCCUUUGGUGCUGGGUUGGUAUUCUGGGUGGGUGGGGUGCAUGGGCCCCAGGUAAGUCACCCUCCUGCACCUAAAAGGUAGGAAACAGGAGGGUGACUAAUUUUUUUUUUUAACAGUGUGUGUGUGUGAUUGUGAGAGAAUGUCUGUAUCGGUAUAUCUGUGUCUGUGUGUGUGUGUCUGUAUGUGUAUGUCUGUGUGUCUGUAUGUGUGUGUGUGUGUAUGUGUCUGUAUGUGUGUGUGUGUCUGUGUAUCUGCAUGUGUGUUUAUUUGAUCUUACACCAAAACUGCUUCAUUAAGAUAAAGUUGUUUUGGUGCUUAGAGUAUCCCUUUAAAGAAGAACUCUGUAAGGCCUAAUUUAUAUAGUCAUGUAAAAUGUAAAACCAAGCAAUUAAUGAAUGAUUGCCAAGCACUUUUCUAGUACAGAUGUGUAGUUAGUGUACAGCAGUGACCAUAAAAUGACAACGUAAAGAUUUAGCAACCUCACAUUUCACAUUAUGAACAUUAUCUCUCUGAAUUAUAGUACAUACAAAGCAAAACACUAAAUACCAUUAAAAUAACAAGCGGACACUCCAAGUUUAGAUUUCACUGCCUAUAUAUUUUCUAUAUUUUAUUUUAAAGAAAAUCUUUGGCCAAUAUGACCUCUUUUCAAUAUAUUUCUUUCUUAAUCUACUUGGACCAACUAUGUAUAAUUAAGUAAUAACGGCUUGUUUAUCUGGUCUUAAGUCAGACUUUAAAAAAUAACAAAAAAAACCCCACCAUUUUUUAUUUUGUAGGUUUUUGAGUAACAAUCAAAAAUAAAUUAAAAAGUAUAUCAUAAUAUAUAUAUAUAAAUACUUUGGUAGCGCACUCUAUACAUACUGUUGAAUGUUCUCUAAAGAAGACGCCUAGAGUUAUUUAGCUGACAUUCAAUUUGAAGUAAGACUAUAGAAGACAGAGCUGGUGAGCUAAACUGCGGAUGAGUCACAGAGCUUGAUGACGCCUUCCAGAACAGCUGAAGUGCCCAAAGGUUAUAUAUCAUAUUGCCACUGUAUGUGCAUGGUAAUACAUGAAUAUAUUACUUAGUAUAUUGUUUUGCAUUUCGACAUAUUGGCGAGCCAGCCACAUUUCCCAUGUGAAUAAGUAAUUUAAAUUGUACUUCUAAUUUUAUACGUUACUUUGAAAUCUACAUGGUUAAAUGUGCAAAUUAACAUCAACAUUUAAAAUUCUUAACUGUACCCAAAAGGGGUUAAUUACAUUGUCUCCCUCUCUCGCUGCCAAAUCAUAUAUUUUGUAAUCAAGGAUGGCAUGCCAAGGGUUAAAGAGGAAGGCAAACAUAUCUUGGAAUAACUCUGCUGGCCUUACACGGCAUGCAGGCAGAUAAUUAAGAAAACAAUUCAAUCUCAUUAGUAAAUGUGAUGGGGUCUGGGAGAGAGCGAUGCUGGCGUAAUUGAAAUGAGCUGUUCCCUGGGGAGUGAGGGUCACUUACCCUCUCACAGACCACUGGCAUUUUUGGAUUUUCAAGGAAAUAAUUUUGAUCUUCCAACGGAGGAAGACAAAAGCUUUUAUUUCUUUCUUUUUUUUCCUUCUCAUUUUAAUUCCUUACCAACCAUAUGGAUGUGUGCAUGCCAGAAAAAAAAACAUGCUUUCUGCUAUAUGAAAAACAAACAGUCUUCAUGUUUACUAGAAUGCAUAUGCUUCCAAUCAUUCUAGGACUGCUUGCUGUGGCAUUCAACCACUAACACUGUGUGUUGCUUAGGGUGAUGGUUGUUUUUAUCCAUUACAACAAUUUCUCUCUUAGUUUAAUUUCUUAGGGUAGGUUUCUUUACCAGUGAUAGAAGGGCUACACACAUCGUCUUAAUCACACAAACAUAAAUUGUUAUGCUGUGAAAUAGACAAUGUUACAGAUCUUUUUUCUGCCUUACUGGAGGCAAUAAUACUAUAUUGGAUAUAGCAUGGCUGUUUUUUUUUUUUUUAAAGGACUAACCCUUGGUUGCAAGACCUUUAUUCCAGAAAAAAACAAACUCUCGACCCUCUGUACCAGCUGUGAUUAUGGCUUUGUAGCAGGAGGUAGGCCUCACAAAUUCCCACUGUAAAUCCACUGUAUAUUUCUUUGUAAAUAUGUGUUCUCGUUUCUUUCUCCACAGGGGUCACCAUUUGUGUAUCUGUGCAUAAUUGA